AUAUAAAUAAAAUAAAAUUGCAUAAAAAGGUAAGAAAGAAAGAAAAACAAAGGAUGGGUAGGGGAAGAGUUGAACUGAAGAGGAUAGAAAACAAAAUAAAUCGACAGGUUACCUUUGCAAAGAGAAGAAAUGGUUUACUCAAGAAAGCCUAUGAACUCUCUGUUCUUUGUGAUGUUGAAGUUGCUCUUAUCAUCUUCUCUAACCGUGGAAAACUCUAUGAAUUCUCAAGCACUUCAAACAUGGUUAAAACACUUGAAAGGUAUCAAAAGUGUAGUUAUGCUACUCCUGAAAUGAAUAAUGUUGCUAGAGACAUUGAGCAAAGUAGCUACAAUGAGUACUUGAAACUAAAAGGAAGAUAUGACACAUUACAAUGUCAUCAAAGGCACCUUCUUGGUGAAGAGCUAGGUCCACUUAAUAUAAAGGAGCUUGAGCAUCUUGAACAUCAACUAGACUCAUCACUGAAACAAAUCAGAUCAACAAAGACACAAUUCAUGCUUGAUCAGCUAUCUGACAUUCAAGCAAAGGAGAAGAUGUGGGUUGAGGCUAACAUGGCUUUGGAAAGAAAGUUGGAUGAGAUAUACAGAGAACAUCAACUUCAACAAGUAUGGACAGUAGGUGAACAAAGUAACAGUCAGUAUGGUCAACAACACCAUGCUCAAUCUCAGGGUUUUUUCCAACCAUUAGACUGUAAUCCCAAUUUGCAAAUAGGGUAUGAUCCAGAAACUGCAAAUCAAAUGGCGGCAGCAGCAGCGACAGCCCAUGAUCAAAAUGUUAACGGUUUGCUUCCCGGUUGGAUGCUGUAAGAAAUGAAAAGAAGAAUCGCAAGAAUUCUACCCGAAAAGUAUGUUUUUGUUGGCCUUUAUCUAAUAAGUGUGUUUGGAAAAUAGAAGA